CGUAGAGAGAACAACGAAGACACUCUGUCCCGUCCCGCAGCCUCGCUCGCGAUCCAACUCCCCUUCCAUCCCAUCGCCGUCGUUGUGCGCCCUCUUUCUCGCCUUCUGCAUGACAUCUGUCUAGAGCCUCUUUCGUGUCGGACACCUUGCACUGCGCACCAUGGAUCUCGACACCUUCCAGCAACUUCCCCUUCGCCUGGAUCCUGCGACAAAAGCAGUCAGCGCCGAGUACGCGGAUGCCAAGCUGGACGAGGAACUGCAAGCACUGAACCAGCUGCACCGGCAGUUGCAGCAAUCGAAUGCCCCAAAUCACAUUCCUCCCCCGCCCAUUCCUGUUGACCAGAAGCGAAGUGCGCAAAUUCAGAAGAUGAAAGACACCGGCAAUGCCGAGUUCAAGAAGGGCAAAUACGCCGACGCGAUCAGAUAUUACUCGCUGGCUAUAGACAUGGCAGCGGGCCGACCGGUGUGGGAGCCCAGCGGCCUGGUGCGUGAAGAGCUUUCGCAGCUGUACUCGAACCGCGCCCAGGCCCAUAUGGGCACCAACAACUGGCCCGAGGGUGCAGUCGAUGCCCUGUGCAGUGUGGAGCUGAAGAGGCCGAAGAAUUCAAAGGCAUGGUGGAGGCGAGGCAAGUGCCUGCUGGAGAUGGGACGUGCGGAGGAAGCGAAAGAAUGGGUCGCAGAAGGAUUGGAGAUUGAGCAUGAGCCAGAGCUGGUCAGCUUGAUGCAGGAUAUCGAAGCGAAGUUGAAGUCGUCAUGAGCGUGCCCGCUCGCUUUCACAUGUCGUUUGAGCGCCGGUGUAGCACCGCGGCUCUUCAAAGUCUUGCGCUAAAGCGUAGCCGCAAGGGAGCUCGAGGCAAAUACAAAGGUUCGAGGGAAAAGAAGGAACACUCGCAUACUUGCAGGCGGCUCGCAAGGAUCGGCAGACUGGCGCGAAAACCCUCCAGUCUCUGUCGUCGAGCAAUUGCCAUCAGUCGGUCAACCUGUCUUGUUAUAUGCCUGUCAUGAGAGGACUGGCUUGCAGAUACCUCCUGCAAGCGCGGCAUCCACUCUUGACAUGACGAGUCAUCUCCACAGCAGAUUUGAAAGAGAGCAUUACCAUAGAAAUCAAACAUUUUCUCAAUCCUA